UCACAAACCAAAUUCCCAUCUUCUGUCAAUUGUCAAAUUUUAGACACGUACAAAAAUCAAAAUAAGCCUGAUUUUGCCAGUAUUUUGCAAUUUAAUGAAAUAAGCUACAAUUUGUUACGUUAAUUAAUUGCCACAAGUCGAGAAAAAUGGAAGGAACACUGUUGGAGCCUACGUUGUACAUGGUUAAAGGAAUUGCAAUCCUCGACAAUGACGGCAACCGUAUUUUGGCUAAAUAUUACGAUAAAAACGUUUUUCCCACGGCUAAGGAACAGAGAGCCUUUGAGAAAAAUCUCUUCAAUAAGACACACAGAGCUAACGCUGAAAUAAUCAUGUUAGAUGGUCUAACUUGUGUUUAUCGCAGCAAUGUUGAUUUAUUUUUUUAUGUUAUGGGUAGUUCGCACGAAAAUGAAUUAAUUCUAAUGAGCGUUUUAAACUGUCUCUAUGACUCUGUUAGUCAGAUUUUGCGCAAAAACGUCGAAAAGAGGGCCGUUUUGGACUCACUUGAUAUAGUCAUGUUGGCUAUGGAUGAAAUUUGUGAUGGGGGUAUUAUUAUUGACGCUGAUUCAAAUUCAGUUGUGUCGCGAGUGGCUCUCAGGAACGACGAUAUUCCCUUGGGAGAGCAAACUGUAGCUCAGGUAAUACAGUCGGCCAAAGAGCAACUCAAGUGGUCUUUGCUUAAGUAAAGUAUUUGUGUAAACUUGUAAUAAAUUUGUAUUAGUAA